GAAAGAAAGGAAUUUAUAGCUUCACUUCACAAGCAAAAGACAGAACUCUUCAUGGCCCUUAUUGAGAAGAAACUGCUACCUCUAAGACCUGGUGUAGCAAAGUUGAUCGAUCAGGCUUUGGCAAAAGGAGUCCAAGUUGCAGUUUGCAGCACAUCCAAUGAGAAGGCGGUUUCUGCAAUAGUUUCCUGCUUGCUAGGACCUGAACGAGCAGAAAAAAUCAAGAUAUUUGCAGGCGAUGUCGUUCCCCGCAAAAAGCCUGAUCCUGCUAUUUAUUUAUUAGCAGCUGACACUCUAGGUGUUGAUCCUUCAAGCUGUGUUGUGGUAGAGGAUAGUGCCAUAGGACUUGCAGCUGCCAAAGCUGCUGGAAUGAAGUGUAUAGUAACAAAGAGCGGUUAUACAGCUGAUGAAGACUUCUUAAAUGCGGAUGCUGUCUUUGACUGCAUUGGAGAUCCUCCAGAAGAGAGAUUUGACUUGGCAUUCUGUGGAAGCCUCCUUGAGAAGCAGUAUGCUAGUUUAACUUGGAAGCAACAAAAACAAUCAAACUCAUCGAUUUUCACAACUGUCGAACUCCCACCACCAAAAACACUUGCAGUGUCUGUCAACACUAAUGGCCGACAACUAAUACAGUCAGACAUAGUACGACCUAUAACACCAAAGGAGGCCACGACCAUCAUGAAUUCUGAGGGAUUCAGGCUCCUGGAUGUUAGGCCAAUGUGGGAGAAGCAAAAAGCUUAUGUGAAAGACUCACUCCACGUGCCACUGUUUGUCAACGACACCGAUAACUCUCCCAUAACUCUGUUGAAAAAGUGGGUUCAUUUCGGGUACAUUGGGCUAUGGACUGGCCAAAAGUUUACCACCUUCAAUCCUAAUUUUCUCGCGCAAAUGGAGGCUAUUGUUCCAGAUAAAAAUUCUAAGCUACUUGUGGCAUGCGGUGAAGGACUCAGGUCAAUGAUGGCAAUUUCGAAGUUGCAUGAACAAGGGUACAAGAACUUGGGAUGGCUAGUUGGAGGAUUUAGUCGAUGCACAGAUGGUGAUUUUUUAGAGGUUGAAGGGAAUGAAAAGCUACAAUAUGCUACUAUUGGAGGUGUCUCAUACUACUUGCUCCGCUUGCUCAUCUUGUUAAGAGUUGUUGGUAAUGAUGCUAAUUAAUUAGUUUAUGCUUUGGAGAGAUACAAUGUUAAAUCAAUUGGGGCAUUGAGAGGUUUGUAUAUAAAUUUUGUGUGAACAAUAACAAACUAUGGAUUAUCUUAGCAUAUAAUUUUACCUAA